UCAUCUAAUAAUAAAAAAAAAACAAACUAUUAACUGUAAUAUAACAGAGUAAUAGAACCAAAAAUACGCAUAUUUGAUUGUAUAGGAACAAUUUAAUAAGAAUUGACAAAUUUCAGAUCUCUGAUAAACUUAAAUGCGAUAAUUAUUCUAGUUUCUACUCAGGGUACAGAGUACACAGUGGGUAGGUACUUCUGUCAGUAUGCUAGUAAGACCGUGAUUCGUGAUAAGAAAUUAAAUGAAGGUCAGUAACGUCAAAAACGGGUUCGGUGCUCGUGCAACGAAUUUUGCGCUUUCUCACCUAAAUGUCGGGAACUACGAGUAACUGAUAAAUAAAAAUGGAUAGAAUCUUGAGAGGUAUUAUGAGAUAUCGUGUUUUGGAUCGAGCUAGUAUGGUUAAACAAUUCGAACAAGUUAAAGACAACCCAGUGCCAAAAGCAAUAUUUUAUACAUGUAUGGACAGCAGAAUGAUACCUACGAGAUUCACAGAGACGUCUGUUGGUGACAUGUUUGUCGUUAGAAAUGCUGGAAACCUCAUUCCACAUUCUGAAGCCUUUAUUGACGAGAUGACAAGUUGUGAACCAGCUGGUCUUGAACUCAGCUGCAUUAUAAAUAAUGUAAGACAUGUUAUUGUCUGUGGACAUAGUGACUGUAAAGCUAUGAAUCUCUUGUAUGAUUUAAGGAGCAAAAAAGAAUCUAGUGUCGAACAACGAAGGAUUUCGCCUUUGAAAUCUUGGUUGUGUAUGCACGCACAGUCGAGUUUGAAAAAAUUCUUAGAAAUGAAGGGAGAUUUUACUAAACCCAUGCUAUUCUCUGCCGAGACUCCACAAAGGAAAUUUGUAGCCUAUAUUGAUCCGGAAAAUAAUUUUUGUAUUGAAGAUAAACUUUCACAACUGUAUUUAACAGGUAAACACACUGCAACAGGUACAAAAUGUGGCGUCAUACGGUAUGUUAAAAAAACGAUUAGAGAAACACGAUCUGCAUAUCCAUGCUCUGUGGUUUGAUAUAUACACCGGUGAUAUUUAUUACUUCAGUCGUCGGGCAAAAAGAUUUGUUAUAAUAGAUGAAUCCACAUAUGAAUCUAUUUUGGCUGAAGUUCGAAGAUAUUAUUCAUAGAUUCCGUAGAUUCCAAUAUUUCCUACUUCAAAACUAAGUAGUACUUAACCAAAUUAAAGCUAUGUACCUAUUUUAUGAACUAUACCAGGUAACGUGGAUCCAGAAACGCCAAUAUUAAUUUGUCAUACUCAUAUUAAACUUUUUAAGUUUUUUUAGUAAUAUAAUAUUAUCUAUAUCUAUUGUAAAUAAAUUCGUUUACAACUUAUACUAAAUGUUUGGAACGAUUUUUGGAUACCCGUUGUUUUAGCCCUUUUUUGUGGGCAGUAUCCGCAUGUUAAUUAAGAGUAUACAAAUACAUUUAUAAGAUGAUUUCGGUUUUCUAAAUUAGUUUAUAAUUUUGGAGUGUUUGUAAUUAAGUAAAAAGGGAACAAUUGUUUUUUUAAUACACAUAAGAAUCGCAAAUAAUUUG